AUGGCACCUCCAGUAUCUCUGCCCACCAAACCUCUUGGCAAAACGGGACGACAUGUGCCCGCUCUCGGGUUCGGAAUGAUGGGCCUGAGUACGGCCUAUGGGCCCUUCGGUAAUGACGAAGAGCGUCUGGGGCUUCUGGACCGCGCCUGGGAGCUUGGCUAUACGAAUUGGGACACAGCCAAUAGCUAUGGCGACAGCGAGGUCCUGAUCGGAAAGUGGUUCAAGUUGCACCCCGAGCGUCGCGCCGACAUUUUCCUGGCCACCAAGUUUGCCAUCAAAUUUGCAGUCAACGACAAGGGAGAGUGGGACAUCUCGGCCGACAAUAGCCCCGAGUUCUUCAACGAGUGCCUCGAGGGCAGUCUGCAGAAGAUGGGCGUCGAUUACCUUGAUCUCUACUACGUCCACCGUCUCGACCCCAAGGUGCCUGUCGAGAAGACGAUGGAGUUAAUGGCCAUGGCCAAGCGGGAUGGCAAAAUCAAAGCCAUCGGCAUCUCUGAAUGCGCUUCCAGCAGCGUCCGACGGGCCUACGCCGUCGCGCCUGGCGACGCCGUCCAGGUCGAGUACAACCCGUUCCAGCUGGACAUUGAGAACGAGACAGGCACAAACCUGCUCUCCACCUGUCGUGAGCUUGAGAUUACCGUCUUCGCGUACUCGCCGCUGGGUCGCGGCUUCCUGACGGGUCAUAUCAAGAGCCCCGACGACUUCGCGCCUGACGACUUCCGCCGCAUCGUGCCGCGCUUUAGCCCUGAGAACUUUGCUAAAAAUGCUGUGCUAGUUGACCGCUUCAAGUCUCUCGCAGAUAAGAAGGGCUGCACGCCGGGCCAGCUGGCGCUUGCGUGGUUGUCGGUGCAGGGCGAGGACAUCAUACCGAUCCCCGGCACGAAGAAGCUCAAGUAUAUGGAGGAGAAUGUCGGGGCGCUCAAGGUGCAUCUCUCGAAGGAGGAGGUCCAGGAGAUCAGGCACGAAGUCGAGAAGGCCGAGGUCGCAGGUCACCGUAAUCCGCCGGGCAUGUUCACAGAGUAUUCGGUGACUGUCGAGCUUUGA